UUUAUCAUUAAAAUUAAUGAGAAUCGCCUUGUGCUUAUUAGUCAUUUUAGCUGUGGCAAAUGCUACAUCAAAAUUCAAUUUAGAUUAUACUAAAAAAAGAUCUAUCUCAGCAGUUUUAGCUGAAGUAGAAGCUAAAUUGAAAAAUAAAUCACCACUUGAAGCUAUUUUAAAUGUUUUAAGAGAUUUUAGAGAUGCAGUAAGCACAGAAUAAGUUAAACAUGAUGAAAUCUAUGGUAUCCAAUAAGUUGAAUGUGCUUCUGAAAAUGAAUUCAGAAGUGCUGAAGUCUAAGAUGCCAGCAAUGUCCUUAGAGACUCUACAGCUGCUUUAAAUGUUGCUUAAACAUCAAAAAUUAGAGCUACAAGUUAAUCAGAAGUCAACUAAUAAUAAUAUUUCUCAGCUUAAGAACACAUGACCUCAGUUUAAACAUCUGCUGAAAGUGAAGCUGGAUAUUUUAAGAAAAGAGGAAGAGAUUAUGAAGAUGCUCUCCAUGCUAUUGAUGAAGCUUCAGACAUUUUAGCAUCAAUCUAUAGUGGAUCAGGAUCAUUCGUUGAAAUUAGUAGAGUUGCUAAAAAUAUGCUCUAAACAGCUUUCAACAUCAAAGAAACAACCAGAUUUGCCCCAAUCUUUUAUGCCUUUGCUUAAUUAGCUACAUCAGAAGGAUAACUUGAUGAAUCAGCACUUGAAAGAGUUGCUUAACUUUUGGAAACUUUAAGAGCCAAUAUCUAAGAAGCAUACAAUGAUUAUACUGAAUCAAAUGCCGUUUCAGUUGCAGCCUUCAAUGACUAAAAGGAAAGAUUAGGAUAAACCAUUGCCAGACUUGAAGCUUAACAUGAAAGACUUUAAAAUAAAUUAGAUUCUUUAAGUUAAUAAAUUGGAUCUUAAUCAGCAAUUGCCUAAAGAGCUUCAGGAAAACUCUAAAGAAAUCAAUAACUUUGGGAUUAAGCUUAAGCUUUAUGUGCAACUUUUGAUAAUGAAUACAAUUUUGCUACUCAAGCUAGAAGAAAUGAACUUUAAUUAGUAGCUUCAUUAGAAGAACUAGUUGAAUCCAGAUUUAACUAAGUUAAUGAUGAAAACCAUGAGAGAAAUUAAAGAAUUGCUAGCCAUGCUUGA